GCCAUGGUUCCAGGUUAAUCUGAGUUAGCAGCUUUGCUCGGCUCGCUUCGCCGCUCAGUUUCUCCAGCGCGCUGUUUGACUCCGCCUCGUCCAGCAGCUCCCGGGGUUUCUGCGCCCCGAGCGAACCGAAGCAAAUGUCCGAAUACUCGCCUCUGAGCCCCGCGUUUCUGUCCGUUGUGCAGUGAGCUCCCGUUAGCUGUGGGCGCAGGUUAGCUGGCUGAGGAAGCCCCGAGCCGCCGUGGCCGUCAUGGCCGAGGACAGCGAGUGGGUCGUGGAGAGCAUCGCCGGAUACCUCGGCAGCCCCGAGUGGGUGAUACCAGUCACAGACUUCAUGGAACAUAAAUGUUCAGUAUUUGAUGAUGAGGAAGAAAACAAACUAACCUAUACAGAAAUCCAUCAGCAAUACAAGCAACUGGUAGAGAAGUUGUUAGAAAGCUAUAUGCAAGAAGUGGGCAUUAGUGAACAGCAGUUUGUGGAGGCGUGCUCGUCUCCCUUUGCCAAGUCAAAAACGUUGCAGACUCUGUUCCAGCCGGUGCUGGCCACAGACGACUUUCAGAUGUUCCGUUCGCUGAUGGUGCAGAAGAACGUGGAGCUGCAGCUUCAGGCCCUGCGAGUCAUAAAGGAGAGAAACGGUGCGCUUCCUGAAUGUUUAACUGACGGUGUCGAUGUAAUGAGUGAGCUGGAACAGCGGGAGAUGCAGAUCCUACAGGAAGUUCUCAAACGGUCUAAGGAGGAGUAUGAGCUGGAGAUGGCUCGCAGAGAGCAGUUUGAAGAGGCGGUGGGCUCCACGUCUGCUUGCUUCCAUGAGAGACCAUUGAGAAACGGCAUUGGCCCUCAAGCUCCUGCCCGCGCUACAGUCCCGCCAAGCAACGGCUUGAGCAAUAUAAACGGUACUUCAUCAAAGAAAGAAGGGAAGGCAGGAGAUUUGAAGUCUACGGUCCCUGGAAGCACUGAGCAGACUCCAGGCAAAAUAUCUGACAAGCCUUCAGAGAAAGGGACCAAGACAUUACCAGCUGUCCGAGCACCAGUAAAGGGCAGUGCCUCACAGCCAGUUCCUAAGGAGAAGAUUUCUAACCAAGCAGCCGAGAGCUGGCUAGAGGAGGCACGAAAGGAGGCUGGCAUCUCCAAACCUUUCAAAGAGCUCUCCGUGGCCCAGCAGGAGCAGCUGCAGCAGAGAGCCGAAUACCUGAGACAGCAGAGGGACAAACUGCAGGCCAUGAAGAAAGAACAGAAAGCCAAACCAGUCUCUGCGGAGGAGCCCCUUGCAGCCCCCACCCCCACACCUGCCACACAGGAAAUCUCUGUGGAAGAAAAGAAGAAGCUGCAGAAGAGGAAACACUUGGCAGAGAAACUAAAAGAAGAGGUCAUCAAGAAGUAAGAUCUAAAUAAUUCCCCGUUGUCUCCUGGACUGGGGAGACGUUGUACAGUAGCAGUGCUGGACUGAAAUAAAUCCACAGACGGAUAGACUGCACUGAGCAGUGGCUCAAGAAAGAAAGUGCAUUAAUGCUGGAAAACCUGAAAUUAUUCCACACUUCGAUUAGUCUUCAAUGAUGUACUACUGACACCAUGUUUACUCGCAAUUAAGAUAUAUCUUCUUUAAUAAACGCAGUUUUGUAUAUUG